AUGGCCGUCCUGCACAGCUACGGGAGAGCUGCGCUUACCUGCUCGGUGUUUGCUCAGCCUUUUAUUGGUUUUCUUUCAGGAAUUGACUACAAGACCACUACUAUCUUGUUGGACGGCAGAAGGGUCAAGCUGGAGCUCUGGGACACAUCAGGGCAAGGAAGAUUUUGCACCAUUUUCAGAUCCUACUCUAGAGGAGCCCAGGGAAUUCUCUUGGUGUACGACAUCACUAAUCGCUGGUCCUUCGAUGGGAUAGACCGAUGGAUAAAGGAGAUAGAUGAGCAUGCCCCAGGUGUCCCUCGGAUCCUGGUGGGAAACAGGCUUCACCUCGCCUUCAAGCGGCAGGUGCCAACGGAGCAGGCCCGGGCUUAUGCGGAGAAGAACUGCAUGACGUUUUUUGAGGUCAGCCCCCUGUGCAACUUCAACGUCAUAGAGUCCUUCACGGAGUUGUCCCGUAUCGUCCUCAUGCGGCACGGCAUGGAGAAGAUCUGGAGACCCAACAGAGUGUUCAGCUUACAGGACCUGUGCUGCCGAGCCAUCGUUUCCUGCACCCCGGUCCACCUCAUUGAUAAGCUGCCAUUGCCUGUCACCAUCAAGAGUCACCUGAAAUCCUUCUCGAUGGCCAACGGGAUGAACGCGGUGAUGAUGCAUGGCCGGUCCUAUUCCUUGGCCAGCAGCGCAGGUGGGAGCAGCAGCAAAGGUAACAGCCUGAAGAGAUCCAAAUCAAUUCGUCCGCCCCAGAGCCCCCCACAGAACUGCUCACGCAACAACUGCAAGAUCUCUUAG